AGCUUGGUGGGCUGAUGUAACAGGUGACAUCUCCCUUGUCACUGUGUACUUUCAGGAAACCUUAAAGGAAUCAUGGCAGGAGCUGGUGAGAAAAAAGGGAAGAAGGAUGACAAUGGAAUUGGUACAGCGAUUGACUUUGUCUUAUCCAACGCACGCUUGGUGCUAGGUGUGGGAGGAGCUGCAUUCCUGGGAAUAGCUACCCUAGCAGUUAAACGGAUGUAUGAUCGAGCCAUCAGUGCUCCUGCCAGUCCUUCCCGUUCCAAUCAGUCGGGAAAGCGUAGCUGGGAGGAGCCAAGCUGGUUGGGGUCUUCUACACGACUGUUGAACAAAGAUAUGAAGACAAACGUGAGUCGCAGUCUACAGACUUUACCUACAGACUCUUCAGUAUUUGAACCAGAUCCUGAGCGUCCCAAACCACCGAUUCGGAAAUCACAGGCAGACCUGAAGAAGACCCGUAUGAAGUUUUCGCUGCAGGAGAAGCUGUUUACCUAUUACAAGCAACAUGUCGCCAUCCCUACAACAGAGCAAAGCUGUGCCAAACAGGCUGCUAUUGAUAUAUGUGCUGAACUACGUAACUUUAUCCAUAACAAAUUCCCAGACAUGCCUCUGCGAGAUAUGCACCUUAGCGGGAGCCUCUAUGAUGAUUUGCAGGUAGUGAGGGCUGAUCACAUUCAACUCAUGGUUCCACUUUCUAUGGAAAAGAAUUUGUGGUCUUGUGUCCCGGGUGAAGAGACUAUACUUAACCUGCCAGGUUUCUGUUUUCUACGGCGAGAAAAUCUUGAGUAUUUUCCCCGGGGGACAAGCUACUGGGAUCGCUGUGUGGUGGGGGGAUAUCUUUGCCCAAAGACUGUGGUAGCUACAUUUGAGAAAGUGGUGGCUGGAUCCAUCAACUGGCCAGCUAUUGGUUCUAUGCUGGGCUACGUUAUUCGACCUGUGGUGCCAUCAGACAGCCUUAUCUUGGAGGUUCAAUAUGAGGAAAAUCGAAGGCUUUUCAUCGAUUUUCUCCCAUUGGUGGCACUUGGGGAUAGGGCAGCAGUAGCGAAAUCUCAUCGACUGCCACGCUAUGGAAAUAUGUGGAGACUUAGUCAGCGCGGGGCCGAAACAGCAGCCCUUAUAGGUCAAGAUCAACAGGACUCUGGGUGCCGAUGUCUCUGCCUAAAGAUUCUUAAAGCCAUCUGCCGCUACAAUCCAUCACUCACACAUCUUACAGCUUCCCACCUAACUAAUAUCCUCCUCCACUUGUGUGAGAAGGAAUUGGAGUGGUCACAAGGUGCACUAGCUGACCGAUUCCUUCAGGCACUUAAAGAGACAGUAAGCUACCUAGAGAAAGGGGAAUUACCUUCUGCCUUGGACCCCAAGGUUAACCUGUUUUCAGAACUCACAGCGGAAGAGGUGGACGAGAUGGGGUAUUUUCUUUACUGCUCUAUAACAGAGCCUGAGGUGCUAUUGAGGACAAGGGACUAGAGGUUGAUACAUUUAGGAAGAAUCUACAAAUUUUUCGGGGGAUUCAUCAUAACGCAGCAAGCAGGGAUUACUACACAAAGCCAUUCUGUUAUGCAAAAUUAUUUAAACCGUGUAUUUUUUUCUUCUGCUUAUUUUUUAUGGAAUGUUUUAAUAACUUUGGAUCUACUGUCCUCUACCUGUGGAGAAAAAGAAGUUAGA